AAGGCCAGGUUGGAUGGGGCUUGGAGCAACCUUGUCUGGUAGAAGGUGUCCCUGCCCAUGGCAGGGAGUUGGAACUGAGUGAGCUUUAAGGUCCUUUCCAACCCAAAUGAUUCUGGGAUUCUAUGAAAUAUACCCAGGCUGACUUCCACCAUGUGCCAGAGGAUGGGAGCCUUCACAGAAACCAAUCCUUAAUUUUAGGAACAACCAAAACAAUCUCACUACUGUCAGAAUUAAAUCCUUGGAUCCUUAGAAAAGUUUUAGGAACAGUAAAACCUAAUUUUCAGUUUAUGAACAGAAAUGUGUGUACUGACAAAACCACAACAGUAAUACUACAGUGUACUUGAGCAUGUUUUAAAAUAGGAGCUUAAGACAGGGUGAAGGAGGUUUAGUUUUUAAAUGCACCUCUGCUGGUGCAUUUAAAAUGGGUCCUCUGUUCUGCUGAAGAGAGACCCUAGAACUUAUAACUUCACUUUUAAUUAAUUUUUUACUGAAAAGUGCAAUUCAUAAAAAAAUAGCUUAUUUGUACUUACUUAAAUUAUGCUUACUGAUAUGCACAGACAAUGCAGAUAGCAGUGGUUUAAUAAAAUUAGUUAGUUGGCCUUGCUGCCUGUGCUAUAUUGCUUUCCAAAAAGUGGCAACAGUCCCUGAUUUGCUUCAGUUUGUGACUGAGAUGGGCAGCUCUGGAACUGGUUCCUGUUUUGGUCAAGUUCUUUGUUUUUAAGCUCUUGCUCACAAGUUAGGGAAACCAUUUUUCCAUCAAGUAACUGAGAAAGCUGAUGUGCUGAUAAAACUAGGAUAAAUUGCACCUUCUGAUUUUGUAAAAGAAUACUUACAUUUGCCAUUCUGUCUUAAGAGGAAAGAAAUAUGUUUGUAUGUCAUCAUAUAUACGGCAGUACAUGAUAGUUCAUGACACUUUAAAAGAUGUCCUUUGUCUUGAAUGGAGUAAACAGGGGAAAUCUAGGCCUCAACGCUUCUCUGCUGCUAUUCUGCUCUUCUUUUAUUUCUUGCUGCUAAUUGGAUUAAUAGGUUACUAUGGCAUCCCAUGAGGAGAUUACUAUCUGUGAAGAUGAAGUAAGGUCUCUCUACAGCCACUUAGAGAAGAUGACAGAUUUGGUGGCUGUUUGGGAAGUAGCUUUAAGUGAUGGUGUUCAUAAGAUUGAAUUUGAACAUGGGACCACUUCAGGAAAACGUGUCGUCUAUGUUGAUGGAAAGGAAGAAAUAAGGAAAGAAUGGAUGUUUAAAUUAGUGGGUAAAGAAACAUUCACUGUUGGAGCAUCCAAAACAAAAGCUACUAUUAACAUUGAUGCCAUCAGUGGCUUUGCGUAUGAAUAUACUUUGGAGAUCAAUGGGAAGAGUCUCAAGAAGUAUAUGGAGAACAGGUCAAAAACAACCAAUACUUGGGUACUGACUUUGGGUGGUGCAGACUAUAGAGUUGUUCUAGAAAAGGACACGAUGGAUGUUUGGUGCAAUGGUCAAAAAAUGGAAACAGCGGUAGGUGAUUAUCUCCAAAGGUUUUUCACAGGCUAUGGCUAGGUAACCAAAGCUUAGCAAAGGUGAGUUUGUAGAAGAUGGGACUGAAACUCACUUCAGUGUUGGUGAUCACAGCUGUUGCAUUAAGGCUGUCAGUAGUGGGAAACGAAAGGAAGGAAUUAUUCAUACCCUUAUUGUGGAUGACAGAGAAAUCCCAGAGACUGUGGAGUAACCUUCAGUUAACGGAUUAUUGUAGGACUAAGAUAAGGAAUUUUCAAUUACUGUGGUAAUUAUUUUAAUAUGUACUACUUGGUA